AUGACUCUUCAAUUUGAUGGUUGUGCUUAUUUUCGUCAACGUCUUGCUUUAUCAACACUAAGUUACACACCAAUUAAAAUAAAAAAUAUUCGAUCACAAGAAAAUGCACCUGGACUACGUGAUUUUGAAAUAAAUCUACUGCAUUUAUUAGAAAAACUUACGAAUGGUAGUAAAGUAGAAAUUAAUACUACUGGUACUUCACUUUAUUAUGUACCGGGGGCAUUAACUGGUGGAAUUGUUGAGCAUGAAUGUUCAUUACAACGUGGUAUUGGUUAUUUUCUUGAGCUUGUUCUCUAUAUGGCACCAUUUAUGAAAACAGCUCUUGAACUUCGACUAAAAGGUGUAACUAAUGAUCGUGAUGAUCCUUCAGUUGAUCUUAUUAAAUAUUCAGCAAUACCAAUUAUGAAACGAUUUCUUGGAUCUGAUGAUGGUCUAGAACUUAAAAUAAUUAAACGAGGUGCUAAACCAAAUGGUGGUGGUGAAAUUUUAUUUCGUUGUCCAACAAAAAUGAAAUUAAGACCAUGUCAAUGGAUUGAUGCUGGAAAAAUUAAACGAAUUCGUGGUGUUGCAUAUGCUAUGCGUGUAUCACCAAAUUUAGCAAAUCGUUUAAUUGAAACAGCUAAAGGUUUAUUAUUAAAAUUUUUACCUGAUGUUUAUAUUUAUGUUGAUCAUCAAAAAGGACAAAAUGCUGGUUUAUCACCAGGUUAUGGUUUAACAUUAGCUGCUGAAACAAAAAAUGGUUCAGUAAUUUCAGCAGAAAGUUGUUCGAUGCCACGAGUUAAUGAAGGUGAUACAACAACAAUAACAAUACCAGAAGAAUUAGCUAAAGAAGCUGUUUUUAAACUUCUCGAUGAAAUAUAUAAAGCUGGUGCAAUUGAUUCCUUUGGUCAAGCAUUAACUUUUCAUUAUAUGGCACUUAAUCAAGCAGAUGUUUCUAAAGUAAUCACUGGUCCACUUAAUUCUUAUUCAAUGCAAUAUCUUCGAUAUUUAAAACAAUUCUUUCAAAUUAUGUUCAAAAUCGAAAAUACAAAAGAAAAAUCUAAAGAUGAACUGAAUGGAUCUGAUGAAGAAAAAAUUGAUGAUGACGAUGAUGAUGAUGAUGAUGAUGAAUUAAAAACUGGUAGUCCAAAAAUUCUUCUAACUGCUGUUGGUAUUGGUUAUCAUAAUUUAACAAAAACAUUAAUUUAA